AUGGACAAUCAUACCACAGUGAGGACAUUCCUUCUGUGGGGAUUUUCCAGUUUCCCGGACCUGCAAGAUCUCCUCUUUGUGAUGGUUUUCUUCUCCCAUGUGACCAUUCUAGCUGCAAAUGUGUCCAUAAUGGUGGCUGUCAAGCUCAGUCAAAACCUUCACACUCCCAUGUACUUUUUCCUCUGUGGCCUCUCCUUUUCAGAAACCUGUACCACUAUGGUAAUCGUCCCCCGCGUGUUGGUGGACUUGCUAUCAGACAGUAAGUCCAUUUCUGUUUUUGAGUGUGCCACACAGAUGUUUUUCUUCUUUGGCUUGUCAGGCACUAACUGCUUCAUCAUGGCUGCCAUGUCCUAUGACCGUUGCACUGCUAUUCACAACCCACUGCACUCCUCCAUCCUCAUGACCCGGAAGAUCUGCUUUCAGUUAAUGAGGGCUGCGUGGUUGGUUGGGUCCCUGGUUUCUGUGUGCAUCGUCACCAUUGUAUUCAACUUAUCUUUCUGUGACUCCAACACCAUCCAGCACUUCUUUUGCGACAUCUCGCCUGUGGUCUGCCUUGCUUGUGACUAUACUCUGUCUUAUGAAAUGGCUAUUUUUGUGCUCUCUGCCUUUGUAUUGGUGGGCAGCUUUAUUUUAAUUAUGAUUUCCUAUGUCUUCAUUGGGUCCAUGGUUAUGAAGAUGCCUUCUGCCAAGGGGCGGUAUAAGGCCUUCUCCCCUUGCUCCUCCCACCUCACUGUGGCGUGCACACACUAUGGAUUUGCUGGCUUUGUCUAUCUGAGGCCCAAGAGCAGUGACUCAUUCCGUGAAGAUAUGCUGAUGGCUGUGACGUAUACAGCGCUGACACCUCUGCUUAAUCCCAUUGUUUACAGUCUAAGAAACCAAGAAAUGCAGACAGCCCUAAAGAAAGAUAGUAGAUAG